AUGGCAGCUCCUACGGAUGAGCUGAGUAAGUAAUUUGGAAAAAAAAUCAAUUUAUUUUGUAUGACGAUAGUUUAUUUUGACGAUGACACAAAUAAUAUUAUUAAUUAUAUCGUUUUUCAUUUAAUAAAAAUAUUAUCUCUAAUGAUAACAAUAUUUUUAAAUGUAUCGUGACUUGUAAAACGAGUUAAUUAUUAUGCAGUUUUAUAGAAAAUAAUUAUAUUGGGCAUAUUUCAAUUUACAUUUAAAUUAAUCCAGAAGAGACAAUUUUUUAAAUUCUUCUGUCUAUUUGUAUUUUAUUUUUUGUAUAUGUUCGCAUCUUAAUUGAAUGACUGAUGUUAAAUAAUGUACAUAGAAUUAUUUUUCUCUUAUCAGCUAAAUUUCUAUGUCAAUAUUCACACAAUUAUUUCUUUUAUCAUAAAGUCUUAAGCAUUGCAAAUUGUUUUUGGAUGAUUUAAAAUCUACAAGAUGAUUAUUUUAUAAUAAAAUAUUGCUUCAAAUAAAUUUAUUUCUUAAACAUAUAAUGAAUAAUUAUUUUUAGUUUUAUUUUGAAAGUUAACAAUAUUUAAUGUUAUGAAAAAUAAUAUACAAUUAAAUUAUUUGGUAUAGUUUCAUAUUCACAAAUUAAUUGUUAUAUAUGUGUAAUUUAUUGUUUCAUGGAAGUUUUGCUUGAGCGAGUAUUUUUCCGUUUGGGAUCUGCAGAUACUGAUGAACAAUUACAAGCAUCAGUAUGUAAAUUCUUGCCACCAGUUUUAUUAAAACUUUCUAGUGCUCAAGAAGGUGUUAGAAAGAAAGUAAUGGAGUUAUUAAUUCAUAUAAAUAAAAGAAUAAAGAGCAGGCCACAAGUUCAAUUGCCAGUUGAAACACUUUUACUACAAUAUCAAGAUCCAGCUGCCAGCUCGUUUAAUUUUACAAUUAUAUAUAUAAAAUUAGGAUAUCCUAGAAUGGAAAUACAAAAACAAGCAGAGUUAAUUCCAAGUGUAUUAAAUGCUAUUGAAGGAAAACCUCUAUCACAUCAAGACAGUUUACUACUUAUAAUUAUGCCAGCAUUGGGCCAUGUUAAUAUUCCUGCUGAUCCAGAUAAACGAACAUCUUUUCUUGGUUUGCAAGACAAACCAUAUGUAUCAAAACAGUUACUUAGUUUUAUGCUUGAUAUCUUAUUGUUACCUUAUGGAUCUGUAGGACAAAUACAAAAUCAACAGUCAGAUCAGGCUAUUGAUUGGUCGAGAUUUCGUGUACCUCUAGGAUUAAGUGAAUAUGCAUUUAAACGAGUGAUUGGUGAAAAUCCACCAACAGCAGAGCAACUUGAACAAACAAAAUUAGGAAUUGUAAAAUUCUUAGCUGGAGGGUUUUUCUCUGAUUCAGAUAUUCUUAUACAUUUGAUAGUAGCUGCUGCAGAUACUAGAUUUAGUGUUGCUAAUCUAGCAGAUUUGGAAUUGAAAAAAAUUGUUAACACGUUAGAUUGGUCUUCAAUGCAUUUGGCAGCACCACUUUAUACAUUAUUUUUGGGUACUGAUACUUUAGGUAUUCAAAAAGAAGUUAAGCCAGAAAUGAAAAGAUUGCCUGCAGGCAUACGAAUUCGUCUAAAAUUAUUACAUUAUCUUUGCCGCGUUACUAAAGCCGGUUUUAUUAUACCACCAUGUAUUCAGGUGUAGCCUUGCACCAUUAUCUCGUAUAGCAGGAAUUAUUUUAAAUGGUAUGAUAAAAUUAAUUUUUGAGGGUGAAGAUGUUCAUCAUAAAAUGAUGGCAUAUACUGUUAUUGGACAAUUAGGACAAAGAAUUCCAUCAGUAAUAGAUAAAAACUCAAACUUGUUAUGUCAUUUAUUUGAUACACUUGUAUCGACUGAUGGUGAUUUACGAAGAACAGUAAGAGAUACGCUGAUUUCAAUAACAUCUGCAUUUGUACUUAAUAAAGAUGAUGAAGUUAACAUAUCUUUGAUGAACGGAUUAUUAUCUACGUAUAUUGAAUCACCAGAAUCUAAUGUUAGAUUUGUGGCAAUGCACUAUGCUGCUAAUGUAUUUCCUCCUGACGAUAUACCUUCUCGUUACCUUUUAUUAUUGGCGUCUGGAGAUGAUAAACAUGAAAUAAGAACAGAAGCUAUAAAAGUUUUAUAUGGCACUACACACAAGAAUGAACAUGAUGAGCAAGACUGUAAUCAAGUUUCUUUACCAGAUUUUCAAAAACUUAUAAUUACUUACCUCCGUAUGUGUUUAGCAAAAAGUGCCAAUAGUCCUAAAUACAAUGAAUCAUUGCAGCAUCCUUGUGAAUAUACGCCAUUAAUUACAUAUUAUUUAAAAAAUUUAUGUAAAGAUGAAGUAGAGAUAUUAAAUCAUUAUCUUGACAUGAUUUUAAUUUUUAGUCAUGCUUCUGCAGAUCAGACUUCACUACAAGCUUUAUUGGAAGUGAUUGGUUCUAUUCCACAAUUUGCAACAAGAAUUUAUGAAAAUGAGUUAUUAUGGCUUCGUACUUUGCUCAUAUCUACUAAGUUAGAUGUAAGGCAGCUGGUUGCUAAAAUUUAUGGUAUAAUAACUACUCAACUUCCCAAUAGUGAAUUUGAAACUCAAGUUUCUGAAAUUAUGAGCAUCAUGGAUAAAAAUUCUUUAGAAGCUCAACAUGGGUCAUUAUUAACUUUAACAUACAUGAUGGAAAGAAGACUAAUUUUUAAAAGAGACGACAUGAACAAUGAUCUUUUUAACUGGGAUCUUUACAUUAAUGUUGUAAAAAUGAUAUGUAUGUAUAUAUUUAGAUAUAUAA